GUCGGCCCGGCUUCAGACAUUCUAAAGUCAACAAGGGGCCUCAUGCUCAUCAGGGCAGGGCAGGGAGUGGCUUAGUUGCAGGGGCUUGAGAGACAAAAGGAGUGUUUGUUUUUGUGUUAGACCUGUUCCUGGCUCACGGGGACGGAGGUGGGUGGUGGCGUCUUGAGACGACGAAGAUGAAGGAGAAGAAGAAGCAGAAGACUGACUGACUGGCUUUUAGGCGCUUUUAGCUUGCUUGUGUGUCGUCCCUCCCACGCUGGUGAUCGAGAGCGGGAUGUGUAUAUCAUGGUUGCCACUGCUUUCCGUUGAGGAGCAGACCUUACCACCCUUUUCUUGGUGACGAGAGCGAUAGCAGGCGUUACUUUUCUUCACCCCACAGUGGCUGCCGUUGCUAUUGUGCGCUGCUGAUGGUGAGGAUGAUGAUGAGGAUGAUAGCGCUGGGGAGGGUGCUACCAGGACACCACCACAUGUGACCUGUUCUUGGCUUGAAUGCAUGCUACUGGAUUGAUGCUGUCGGCUUUGGCAGCUCUGCUCAUGGACGCUGUACUCGCCACCGCAACGACCUUAUAACGUCAACCUUCCAUACUCUAACCCUCCUCGAUUCUACCGCCUACUCCCGUGCAGUGCAGCGAAUUGGGUUUGCAUGUUUUGCAAAGCCUGAUGAGGUCGUAGAGCAAUUCAUUCUCAGAUGUUUCGAGGGUCCAAAACUGCACUUUUGCCUGUCGCUCCUCGUGAGUACUGUUCAUGAAUGCUUCGUGGUCCAAUCCCAUCUAUCGUCCCACUGGAGACACACCUCUCCUGUACUUGCUAGAAAAACAAUAAUCUCGACAGGUUUGUGAGUAAAGACGACGUCUGAGCGCUGCUAUCCUAUUCAAUGUGCAUUCUCUUGUUCCACCAACAACACGCUCCAUGAGGUAGGGCUCCCAAAGUCCUAUAGUUGUGCAUCAAGACAGAAAGUCCAGAUUCGGGGCAUUCGCACGACCUGGUACCUUAAUGGUUACUUGAUCAACAUCUUCACAGUGUGGUGCUCUCUCUCUUCAUGUAAGUCGACUCCCUUUGUGGGAUGUACCUGAGUCUCUACUCACCAGACCAAGAACUAGACUUGUAGAGCGAAUCAUCAACCUACCGGAUAGUACUAGCUCAGCAGAUCUUACCUAGUUCGCCCCUAUCCCCGAUGUCUUUUCUUCAAGAGCUUCUUCAAGUACAGGUCUUGUUACAAUCGAUGCUUCCGCUCCGUCAUCCUUCUCAAAGAUCGGGUUUCUUUCCAGCACCUUUUUUGAGUCCCUGAGAGAGCUUCACCAAUUUUGCGUUCCUCUCGGUCCAUGUCUGUCAAAGUCGACGUCUUCAGGUUGCCACUGGGGAUCAUCAACUUAGUGCGGCAGAUUGUUCGGAUGAGGAGCGCUGCAAAGCCUACAAACACCUCAACAUAGGAGACGCAAUUCUCUUUGCCAUUUAUGGAUCACAUCUAGCGUGAAGACUUCUGGGAGCACGCACGACUGCGGAAUAAAAGCGGGAUGCAGGGCCAAGUGGAUUACAGCAGUGGCAGUGAUGGAGGGCAGCCAGGUCAGAAGUGGGGCGACAAUAAUUCGGGUAAGCGGCACUCGUCAUCCAGUGGAGAGUACACUCCAGAACGCUCUUCCGAGAGUCAGAACGCGUCCGGGGAGAGCCCCCGCAGUGGAUAUCAAGGAGGGUUCAGCGGCGGUACCGGGCGGAGUGGGGGAACAGUGAGGCAAUAUGUGCGUUCGAAAAUGCCUCGAUUGCGCUGGACUCCAGACCUGCACCGCUGCUUUGUGACGGCUGUGGAGCGGCUUGGAGGCCAAGACAAAUCAUUUGGCGCAGGAGCGACACCGAAGCUGGUUCUUCAAUUGAUGGAUGUCAAAGGACUCACUAUUGCUCACGUCAAAAGCCACCUGCAGAUGUACCGGAGCAUGAAGAACGACGAGAACGGACAAAGUGGAUUGGUGCAAGCAGAUCAGAUGAUGGAAUAUCAUGGCACCUCUGACACAACUUUACUGCACUCAUCCUUCGGGCUUCAGCGCAACGAUCAUUUCCAAGGGCAAGCUCUGCACGUCAGAGAUUCCGAUGUGACAAGUGUACCUAUAUUCCCAAAUUAUCUUCAUCGUCAGGCUGGAAUUCUUCAACAAUUUGACCAUCAUCCUGUCGUGACUUCCAGGCACGAUGGACAUGGAGAAUGGACCAACCGGGCUUUCGUACCAUCUGGACUUCCUUCUGGACAUCGAGAUUGGUCAGAAAACAAGAUUCAACUCGUGGAGUGGAGAAAGAGAGAAGAGAGUUUGGCAAAGAGUUCUCAUAUGGCAGGGAAUUCGUUCAGUAAUCAAUCCAGAAUUGACAUGCAUGAAGAUGAAUGGCCAACAAGACCGUCACAUUCGGUCACUCUAGACUGGGAAAGAAAACGUCAACAGCCUGAUAGUAUUGAAGGAAGAUUUGCUGCAUUUCAAGAAGGCCCUUGGUUGCAACCAGGAGCUAUUAUCCCAACCAUGGCUUCUUCUCAGCAAUUAGAAGCCCUGAAAAAGCAGCAGGAAAAGGCAAGUGAGUGGGACCGAUGGCAAGCUCAGGGAGCACGACAAGACUUGCCAAAGCAAUCUAGCCGACACAACGCAUCGGAGGAACGCACUUCGACAUCGCUAGAUUCUCGCAUGCUGUUCAAGCAGCUACUAGAGCCUAGCCGCAGCUCCUCUAACGUUCAAGAAAUGCAGCACCGCGCGCGCGAGGACGAGGUCUCGCAUCGGACGCCGGGGUGGCCUGUUAUGUUCGGAACUGAAAACCAGAGGGGAUUUGAGAAGUAUGCGGAAAGAAGUCGACAUGCAUUUACAGAAGAUCAAGCAGACACAUCAAGUCCAUGGACUUUCAGUCAGCGCUCUGAACAGGCCAUAACAUCAACCCAAUUUAACGAAGUUCACGACAGGGAGCCCGAUAGUACCCUCUCACUGUACCCGUUCAGCUCCCACUUGACGCAGAGUUCCUUAUCUCCAUCGAAGCCUCGACAAUCGAUGAGCUUACCGGACAUUAACGAAGACCAUCACGACUUUCCCAGCUCAUUAGGCCUGAGCGAGACUCUACAGCUGUCGUCAUCGCAGGGUGUCACCUUAGAUCUCACUAUGUCUCUAGGUGCUCCAGGUUAGCUUUUAAGCUUUUUCUCUGUGUCAGUGAAACAAACCUUUUCAGCUUGAUUGAACAAUCAUUUAGCCUCUUCAAGAGCCGUCCACAUUUUUUGUCCGUUAAUUUCAUCUAGAGGUACUCACAAUUUUGUCAACAGCUUUUCUAGAUACAUGUCAUCCGUGCACCUAGUAGAUGGCCGUUGGUGAGGUGAGAGCUUAUAUCACCACAGCUUCACAUAUAAAUAGCAGGAAACACGUAGAAGCCUCACCAGCAGCCAUCACCGAUGAGGUCGCAGUGAAAUAACACCUCAGUGCUUGUGGGCACAGAUCCUAAAGAGGGGUCAAAUUUGGAAGCCUGCAGACUAAUUUUACAGAUAAAAAGACUUUUACUCUCCCCAAUUUCAAUGUCUACUUUCACUCUAGCUGCAUUUAUCGUUUCCUGAUUACUGGAUAGCAUUGCACUUCUUAGGCGUACUUGGGAAGAGUGCGAGGUACAUUCAGGUCCGUGCACGGACAACGACUGGAUAUGUAGGCCGGUGUCUCAAGCGUGGUAUAGUUAUCCUUCCCGAUGCUAUGUUCUUGUUCUCCAGACAUUAUUACUAGCUAAGGACCAGCGUCUUGCCUAUAAAGACAUAUAUUAAUCUUAUCAAACAUUCAUUCUU